AUGAACUGCCGUUCAGAGGUAUUGGAAGUGUCUGUAGAGGGCCGUCAGGUAGAAGAGGCAAUGCUGGCGGUACUACAUACUAUACUCCUUCACCGUAGCACGGGGAAGUUCCACUACAAGAAGGAAGGAACCUAUUCUAUUGGCACUGUUGGAACUCAGGACAUUGAUUGCGAUUUCAUAGAGUUUACUUACGUCAGAGUUUCUUCAGAUGAGCUGGACAGAGCCCUGAGGAAGGCAGUUAGUGAGUUCAAGGAGGCUCUCAGGAAUUCUGGAAAUGACGGCAUCGGUCAGAUUUCUCUCUUGAAUUCUACCAGAAGAAGAAGUCUCGUUGGCCAUUCUCAGAUGAAUGCAUCCCAUGGGAGGUUUGGACAAUCAAAGUCAACAUUGUGUCACUGGCCACUGAGCAGGAACGGCAGAUCUGUAGGGAAAAAGUGGGAGAGAAACUGGGAGAAAAGAUCAUUAAUAUUGUGGAAGUGAUGAACAGACAUGAGUAUCUACCAAAAAUGCCAACACAAUCAGAAGUGGACAAUGUCUUUGAUACAACUUUGAAGGAUGUUCAGCCUUAUCUGUACAAAAUUUCCUAUCAGAUCACUGACUCUUUGGGCACAUCUGUCACUACUACAAUGCGGAGACUCAUCAAAGACACACUGGCACUGUAG